AUGGUUCAACCUAAAGGUUUUGAAGAUCCUACCAAUCCACAGUUUGUGUGUAAGUUGCAUAACUCUAUUUACGAAUUAAAACAAGCUCCUCGGGCUUGGUUUAAUUGCUUAUCCACUGCACUUUUAUCUCUUGGAUUUGUAAGCUCUCAGGUUGAUCCCUCUCUGUUCACUUAUCACAGUGACUCUACACAUGCCUUCCUGCUAGUUUACGUGGACGACAUUCUCGUGACAUCUAAUGUUCAGUUGUUUAUUGAUGAGUUGAUCUCUAGUCUUCAGCUGGACUUUGCUAUGAAAGAUCUUGGGCAGUUAUCAUACUUCCUUAGUAUUGAAGCUACUCGUGAUUCUUCCGGUUUACAUCUUCGGCAGACCAGAUAUAUUAUUGAUCUCUUGGAUCGUGUCAAUCUCAUUGGCAUCCGUCCUUAUCGUGCCCCAUGUGUUUCAGGUACUAAGCUAUCCAAAUUUGAUGGAGACCCCUUGCUUGAUCCUUCCGAAUAUCGUCACACAGUCGGUGCUUUAAAAUAUGUAACUCUUAAUUGCCCAGAUAUCGCCUACUCCAUGAAUCAACUUUGCCAACAUAUGCAAGCACCAACUACAGCUCAUUGGACUGCAGCCAAGCAUGUCCUACGUUACUUGAAAAAUACUCUGGACUUUGGCCUCUUUUACAGACCUGGUUCUUUCUCCAUUAACGCAUAUUGUGACUCGGAUUGGAUCGGUGAUCCCGAUGAUAGACGUUCAACGUGUGGCUAUGGUGUUUUUGUUGGUCUCAAUCUUAUCUCGUGGUCGGCGAAGAAACAACCAGUGGUCUCUAAAUCAAGCACUAAGGCCGAAUAUAGAUGUCUGGCUCUAGUUACAACUGAAGUGUAUUGGCUGCGUAUGCUGUUAUGUGAACUGCAGAUUUCUCUUGAUUCACCUCCUGUUAUUUGGUGCGAUAACAUUAGUGCCCUUGCAAUUGCCUCCAAUCCUAUUUUUUAUGCACGUUCUAAGCAUAUCAAGGUGGACUACCAUUUUGUGCGUGAGAAAUUCGCACACCGAGACAUCAUUUUGGAGAAUAUUUCAACUUCUAUUCAGCCUACAUAUAUUUUCACCAAAGGGCAUACAGCUGAUAGAUUUUGUUUCCUUCGUGAUAAAAUGGCUAUCUGCGAUCUUCCCGCCAGUUUGCGGGGGAAUGUUAGUGAUAACGAUGCUGAUCAUUCAAAUAUUCAAGAAAACUCAAAGCCAAGUCAGUGA